AUGCUAGUGGGAAAGUCCAAAGAUACCUCGAUAGAUUGUGAAGUGCACCUUCUUUCGAGUCUGCAAGAAGACUCCUCAGACAAAGAAGACGCAUCGUUUGCGACGUUGUCUUUCGAAUCAAUCCUUUCACCAGCGGUCGGUAGUAAUUCUGAUGCACUCCAAUCUUCAAUCAGUACCUUCUUCUCUCAAAUAAGUGGCAUGUCAGAUUUGACUGAUGUAAACGAAGCCGAUGUGCGGCGCCUCCGAAACGAGAUUGCGUCACUUCAAAGCAAAGUGGCUAGCAAAGGUGAUGAAAUGCCCGUAUCGGAUCUAAUCAAAUAUGUUGAGAGACUUCUGAAGGUCGAAGAGGAGCUUGUCGUGGAAGAAGACAACCUGAAAAAUUCACGAUCGACUUGUCGGGAAACGAUGGACUCGGCGAGUGAAGAUAGUUCUACCUACUCCUUCGAAGAAGAAGAUUUUGGUGAAUCGCUGGUUGACACUUCUAGCGUCCAUCCUAUGCAAAAACUGGUUACCUCGCAGGACAUGCAAGACUCCCUUCCCACUCCUCUGGUCGGAAACAAGAAGUCGCUGGGUAUGCGAGUAGAUGACAUGCAAGACUCCACUCCACGGAUUGGAAACACAAGAAAGUCACUACCAAACCAUACAACAUCAGUCUUAUCACAACGUUGGGAGACUGACUGUUCGGACCGUUCCGAGUUUUGCUCGCCAAUUUUCAGGCAAUCAGGAGGAAGCUCCCGUAACGUUCGUUCCACGGCGUGUACCAAUGAUAGUCUUGGAUCAGCUAGCGACCAUGGGGUAUUGGAACGAUCCAGGCGAUCAGGGGGAAGCUCUCGUAAGAUUCGUUCAACAACUUGCACCAAUAACAGUCUUGGAUCAGCUAGCGACCAUGGAGGAUUGCAACCAAUACCGUCAUCUGUGGGCGGGUUCUCGACACGUUGGGCCCGCAACUCCAGUAUGAGACAUCUCGAGAAAGAUUCAUGCUCAGCUUCUGAUGCUCUCAAUUUUAAGACCCCGAUCCGCGAAUUCCCAACCCAAAAUGUGGCAGGAAUUUGGAAUUCUGGUGACAAAGUAAAAAUUUCAAAAAGCAGCUAUGGACCUAGAACCUUUUCAGGUCGCUAG